CUACUUUCUAUCGUCUGAACCAUCUAUCUGUGGUUUGUUCUCGUCGUCGCAGUGAACCCCCCCUUGCCCCUCACGUCUCGCUCUACCAAGAUGCCCACUUGCUCCAUCGUGUUCCGAAAGUGAUCCAGCUGACAAAAGCAAACCAUCAUCUACACCAUCACAUCCGAGGGACAUUUUUUGUAGGAAGCAAUCGUUUCUUCUAUGCAGAACAACGUGAGCCGUGAAAUGCUCUCUGUUUCACUCACUUCAGCCAUCAGUGUGGACGACGCUGUAGCCGAACUGUUCCUCUCAGACGGAGCCUCAUCGCAUUCUUUCGAAACUUUCCUCAAAGCUGAGCAGGAAUGGUUUCUUCAUGAGGCUUUUCUUGGUUGCACUUGCACAACAAGACAUUGCCAGGUGGCAGAUCCUUUAUUAUGCCCAUGGGCGGAGCAACCGUGCUCGGAGACUGGCGCCCAGCUAUGCAUGGAGGGCAGAACUGGAGUCUCUUACGCCCGAUCACUCUUGCAGUCAGAUAGUCAAAUCUACUCACUACAAAAUCACCAUCAGAGCAGCAGCAGCAUGCCUGUUUCAUCUCUUGCAAUGUACAACCGACAGCUUGAGAAAGCGAUCUUCAACUCCAGCCAGUGGUCUCCCGACGAGGAGGCCAGGUUCCUCGAGGCCCUCGCCAUGUUCUCCGACGCCGACCGCCGGGUGCGGCCGGAUGGGAGGAGGUCUGUGGGUCUGGGUCUGGGGGUAGCGAGGAAGAUCUCGGAGUAUAUAGGGACGCGGUCGGAGGAGCAAGUGCGGUCACACGCGCAGAAGCACUUCCUGCGGCAGGAGAGGAUGAUUCAGAGUCAUGCGUCAGACUAGUAUCCUGUACAUGUUGCUGAAUGAAUUCAUGAAUUU